CUGUGCUGUGGGAGGAGGAACGAAGGGAAGGAGAGGAGAAGGGGCCGCUCCCGAGUUCCCCUCGGAACGUGUGCAUGUGCGCUUGUGUUUUCAGCACAAGCUUGGAGCGACAUGACGGCAGCGGCGACGUCCAAGUCCGGCAAGAUGGGUAGCGGCACCAAGGCGGCGCUGGUUGUUCUGGCCCUGUGGUCCGUCAUCUCCCUGGUGGUCAUCGUGGUGUGGUCCACAUCUCCGGACCUGAAGAGCUCGGCCCGCUGCCGCCAGGACCUGCGGGAGAGCCAGGAAAAGAUCUUGGGUGCCGAGGCGCUGUGCGUGCAAGACAAGGACGAGCUGGAGCGGCGGCUGGCGGAGGCGCACCAGCAACUCCGGCACCAGGAGGCUGCACUCGCUCUGCUCGACCAGCGCUUGCGACACACCAACCAGACCCUGAACGCCUGCUACACGCGUGAGGCAGUCCUUAUGGCCAACAUUAGUGUGGUGCGGGAGGGGGCGGAGCUUCUGCAGCGUGCUCAACUCAACUUGACCAAUCAGCUGCAGCGUCAAGAAGACCACGUGGAGACGCUGCAGCACAACUUGACUCAGAGCGACCAUCUCGUGGCAGCUUGCUCCAGCCUGAAAGCGGCCGCCGACAACCACGCCGCCGCCGCGCACAUUCAGACGCGUGCUUGCGAGGCCAAGCAGGAGUUUCUGCGCAAACAGCUCGUGAAGUGUCAAAAGGCGGCGGCGGCGGCGGCGGAAGCCCCUCCCCCUUCGCCCCAGAACCCGGCGCCACCUGAGUCCCGGUCCGGUAGGCUGUGCACGGCGCCCACCAUUGUCGCCUUGCUGUUCGGCUCCCGCCUCCUCGUCAACUGAGGGAACCUGACGCAGGAACCCGAGCACUGUGGUUCGAUAACGGGUGGACCCUGGAGAGACUAUACACUGCUGUACAAGAACACGCGCGCGCACACUCACACAUAUACACACACAUAUAUACGCACACACACGUACACGUGUACACACACGCACUGCUGUUUUUGAGAAGAUGUGGACACAUUACUGCCACCAGAGGUCGCCGCUAAUUAGCCGAAACCGUUGAAGUCACGCUGAGUAUUUAUUUCAAAGCGCUCACUACACAAACUGUCGUGUCUCUGCUUCAUCCCCAAGCACGCCGUUUGCUCACCCAUCCCGCGCUGGGCUGCCGCAAUUUCUCAUGAUCGCAGAUAAGAAUAGCCAUGUCCCUACCGUGGCUAAUAAAGACAUCUUAAACAA